AUGAUACUAAGGGGUGGACCUGAAUCCAUUGUUACAGUAAAUGAAACGAAAUUUUUCCAAACUAACAUUAGCGAGUCAAUCACCUGUGUCGGCAUUACGGAGUCUACUGGGAUUUUAAUAGAAGCGCAGGUGUGUGAAUAUGAAGACAAGAAAGGAACCGCAACUUUUGAAAACCAUGAGGGAGCUGUGUGUCGAAACUCGGGAGAAAAUCUGCAAUGGCGUCUACACCAUAAUGAGUCGAAUAUGAACGCUGAAGCACUGGUCCUCGGUUUUGUAUCUGGUCAUUGGGAUCCUCACAAGGAUAACAUUUAUCAUAGUGUGAAGUUUAAGUUUACCAUACCCACUGAGAAUACUAAAAGCGCUCUUUUGCUUCCCGUGGUGCGUGGAUUUGGAGUUCGUAUGGAGGUUAUGGGACCCUUGGAAAAGUCCUACGGACGUCUAGGUAUUGGCAUGCUCAUUUACACCAACGAAACCAUUCAUCCUGGUCAGGCCUUCCACCAGGAAAGCUUGUUCGACUUUGGUGUCGAGGAAGAGGUUGGGAACUUCCUGUCGACUGUUGUUCUCCUAAACAAGCGUGAGCCUCCGGAAGCAGGAGAUGAAGUUGAUAUGCCACCAGCCUACGUCUUCUGGAGGGACGUGUGCUUUGUCGAUCCGGUGAAUCGAUGGAGCGCAGGACGACGCGUAGUGAGCUUUCAGAGCAAUCCAAAGCGGCACAACAAGCCCAAUAGGCACAUUAAUCGCUCCCUCCCUCAGGCCGUUUUCGGUUUCAAGCGGUUUAACAUCCACUUGCACGAUAAUGACACUGUUGCUGCCGUGAGUGAGUGGCUUGGCUUCGGCAGUCCGGGUGAUGGAUUCUUCGCAAAAACCAACUACACUGAUUGGAGUUUUAUAAUGGCUCUUGGGAUCCCGCCUGUGGCCUCAACGCCCGUGUUCUAUCGUCUUUUCAUUCCGUUCUUCCUGCCAAUAUUGGCAGUUGUGGGCAGUUUGAUCUACGUUUACGCCAGUCAGCGCUGGGGUCCUCACCUUAACGAUGGCACCGAGGCCACACAGCCUCUCAUAAGCGAGGUUGGUAGUGACGAGGUGGACAACGACGAUGGGUAUCCGGGAUUUGACGUCCCCAAUGGAGUGCACUCGCAGGGAAAUAGCGACAUCAUCGAAGGUGAAGAAACCGCCGCCACUCCCACGUCCUCAUACGGCGCCAUAUAA